GCUUUGACUUCCUGAGCCUCAGUCUACCUCCCUGUCAAAUAGAGGUUGGAUGUGAAUGGGCGUCAGAUGAGUAUUUAUAAUAACCUUAAUUGAAAAGGGAGGUUUGAGUCGGAGCAUAGGGGAAUGCACAGUCACCCCAAGCCCUUAGGAAGUUGUAUUUGAAAUGCAAUGUGUGAAACCCUGCGCCUUUCCCACCUUUUAGAUGCUGGAUUGCCUUUUAAUUUUUUUCUUUUAUCGUUUAUCAAAGUGAUAAUGAAAAAUUAAGCUCUGUGUCGUGAUUGUCAAUGUGUUGCCAAGACAAUUGUCCCCUUUUUAAGUCACCAUGAAAAAAUUUUUAAGUCACCGUGGAAAUUAUGCUUGGCCAUAUUAUUCACAGAAAAGGUAUUUGAAGCCGUGUGCGCCGCGGGCGCCGUUUUGGGGGGGUUAGGUGUAUGAACUUGGUCACAAGGCAUAGGAAAUUGCCCCCCAAGGGGGCAGGGGCUUUUGUUUACAUUUAUAUUGAAGGGUUUUUACUUGUAAACUGAAAGACAUAAUAUUACAUAGAAAUAAAAAAAAAAAAUCUCAGCAUGGAGAUGGGUUCAUUCUAACAUGGCUUUUGAAAAGAAAGGGUCUCCAGAAAUAAACAGAGACAUAGUGAGUGGCAGCGGAAUGAAUACAGCUGGAGCUGGACGAGCUUGCUGAUGACCGCAUGGCACUGGUGUCAGGCAUCAGCUUAGAUCCAGAGGCAGCAAUUGGUGUGACAAAGCGGUCACCUCCAAAAUGGGUGGAUGGAGUAGAUGAAGUACAGUACGAUGUUGGCCGCAUUAAACAGAAGAUGAAGGAGUUAGCCAGCCUUCAUGACAAGCAUUUGAACAGACCUACCUUGGAUGACAGCAGCGAGGAAGAGCAUGCCAUCGAGAUAACCACCCAAGAGAUCACACAGCUCUUCCAUAGGUGCCAGCGAGCCGUGCAGGCCCUGCCCAGCCAGGCACGAAGGGCCUGCUCUGAGCAGGAAGAGCGGCUACUGCGGAACGUGGUGGCGUCCCUGGCACAGGCCCUGCAGGAGCUGUCUACCAGCUUCCGGCAUGCACAGUCCGGCUACUUGAAACGCAUGAAAAACCGAGAGGAAAGGUCUCAGCAUUUCUUCGACACGGCAGUGCCACUAAUGGAUGAUGGGGAUGCUGCUGCUCUGUACGGUCAGGGUUUCACAGAUGACCAGCUGGUACUGGUAGAGCAGAACACACUGAUGGUGGAGGAGAGGGAACGAGAGAUCCGUCAGAUUGUACAGUCCAUUGCGGACCUCAGUGAAAUCUUCAGGGACCUGGGAGCCAUGAUUGUGGAGCAGGGUACAGUUCUUGACAGAAUUGACUAUAAUGUUGAACAGUCCUGUGUCAAGACGGAAGAUGGCUUGAAACAGCUUCACAAGGCAGAGCAGUACCAAAAGAAGAACCGGAAGAUGCUUGUGAUUUUAAUACUGGUUGUCAUCAUCGUAGUGCUCACUGUGGUCCUCAUCGGUGUGAAGUCUCGCUAGUGACUCCACAUUCUGGAGAGUGCUACUGCAUGGAUUCCUGGGUAUGAGGGCUUGGCUGGCGCCACACCACUGUACUGCCUACAGAGCAUAGCCAGCUGGCCCAACAGUGGGCAGUGCACCUUCCUGUGAGCGGCCUGUCUGGUGGACUGGGAUGCAGGCUUGGCCACGGGUUUCCAUCUCUGUCCAGAGCUUAAGGACUUGAAGCUCUUGCUGAAUAGACUGUCAUGUAAACAUGCUUUCCAGGAAGUGAAGGAGUGGAGGGUGACAGGCAUUGCUGAGGCACCAGUGUCAUGUGCAUGUUCUCCUGAGCAGCAUGUUAAAUAAUUUGUAGGAAAUUGUUUUCAAUCAUCUGGUUUUUAAGAACUUUGGUACCAAAAAUUUAUGAGUAGAGGCGCAAAAUGCCUCUUCAUCUUCCCAGCUGAAAACAAACCAAGAAGUCCUUCAAGAAUUUAUAAUCCGUUCCCCAUUAACUUAAUUUAGCUUUUCCAUCACUGUUAACGAUCAGAGUAACAAAGUGUGAAAAAUAAGAAACCAUCAUUGAUGUUAAUUAACACAUUUAGACGGGCCAGUUAAACCAGCUUCAUGCGUUUAAAUCAAUUGUAAGUAGCAUAUCCCUCAUUCAGAAUUUUGCACUGCCUUUUCUACUGUAAACCAAGAGGGGUUACUAAGCAAAACCUCCUGAAUCAGAAAGUUGGUCAUUUGAACCUCAUUUCAUGAAAGCUUGACAGUGUCACAAACUAGACUGAGCCAGUGUGUCCCCAGCCAUCCUUGCUCAGUCCAUUGCUUACACUCUAGCUACGUAAUGACCUGUCCAAACCUGACUUCAUUUAAUGAACUGUAAAUUUACACAGAAGCCAUUUUAAAUGGGUCACCCCAUUUAGGAUUAGUGGAUCUCGAAUUAUUAACCAAACAUCACUCCAUUUCAAAGUAAAAUAUUCUACCCAUGAUUUGAUUUAUCCACUCUGCCAUUGCCACUUAGCAAUGCCCAGAAAGCGGGUAUAUUCCUGAGGACAAUGAGAACCUCGACUAGGGAAGCCCUGUGUGUGUGUAUGUAUACUCGAGCGUGCUGUGUGUAGAUAUGCGUGCUCUGUGUGUGAGCAUGCAUAUCAGAUUGCCAAAGGAAGGCUCUGUUUACCUACUUGCUAACCAUGGUGCUGGGGUACUCUGCAGAACUAGAACGGUGUGGACAUCGACGGGGUUUUGAAGACAAGGGCAUUAGUGUCUCAUUUGCCCUGUCUUCAUUGACACUGCUGUAACUUUAAUGUUCUUUGUGUGAUUAUGAUGGCUUUUUAAAAUUGUCUCUGCUUCUCUUCAAUUAUUUAAGAGUAUGGCCCUGUUAAGUGUGUUCCAUUUUCAUUUGUAUAUAUGCAAAUGUAUGUAUAUAUAGAUUUCACUGAUGGAGUGACUCAAAACUCCAACUCCUGCAGAUCUACCCUGAGCUCAGCCUCCCUACCCAGGCUGUGGGAUAUUGGGAUCCAAAGGUUUACCAGACAUUUUUGGUGACAUUAGUCGGGACGGUUGGGAAGGGGGGUCAGCACCCACCCCAUUGCUUCAGAAUUGGGAAAUGGGAUCCCACAGGCCUCCACUCCUGACUUCUGAGGUUAGACAACCUGCUCCUGGGUGGAUUGUUAAGUUAGGGGACCUGCUGUAAGCAAUCUGUGAAGGCCAUGCCUAAUAAUUGUGAGAGCCUCAAAGAAAGGUGGCCUUUUAAGAAAGGAUCACCACUUAUUUAUAUUUAUUUCCCUGAAUAGCGUUUUUUUUGGGUGGUGGGGAUUAGUUUCCCCCAUCCCCUCUGGGUAGCCUAACAGAUCUGGUUAGGAAUUGUCCCAAGGACCUGUGAGAAGAGGGACUGUCACCUACUGUCUGAAGACGGCCACCCUGAUGGUCACCCUGAGGGGGCAUGGACAGACCCGGGCUCAGCUGGGUCCAGAGCCUUGUGCACCAGCUCUUUGGAGGCCUCACUGCUCUUUUCCAUUGAGCCUGCCCUGGGGAAAAGACCAGAAGCUUGUGAGGGUACCAGAGAAGUUAGUACCAGAGUCCUGGUAGGGACCUCAGGGUAAUUGAUUUUGGAAGAGGGUUCUUCUGUCUGCUGACAAACACUGUCUGUGGGUUCAUCCUGCCCUUCAGUCUGGCUCCCGAGGUGACAAUCAAAUGUCUCCCUGUGCCUAGGAAGUGCCCUGCGGAAGAAGCCCAACCCCUGCACACCUCCUCCUUCCACUGUCCUGGGGGACCCCUGUAGAGUGGGGGAAAAAGAGAGGUGUCAGUCCUUUGGGGCCCCUGAUCUUGCCUAAGACUAGCUGAGAACUGCUGUCUGUCUGUCUGUCUGUCUGUCUGUCUGUCUGUUGGGGGGAGGGGCAUUUGGGUGCUGGCUGGGCCACUGUGUGAAGCAGUGUGUGUCUAAUGUAACGGAUGUACCGCUUUCUCUGCUAAUUGAGAGAGCAUUAUUUAUUUGUUUUGACACAAGUGCUUGCAGUGUUUCAUCCCAGCUAAUGGCUUCUUAAAGGUAAUAAAACCCGCCAACCUAAUUGGCCAGAUAAGACCUUUUUCCUUGUGUGCUUAAAUAAAGCAAUUAGUGAAGCGCUUCUAUCCAAAAUGACUUUUUUUUUUUGUCCUAACUAAUUUACUGUUACUGGAAACUUUUUGUACAAUAAAGCAAUCUCACAGAUUGAAAAGCA